AUGACUGUCACCAAGAAUAAUACCAAUGGGGCAAAUACUCAAGGAGCUUCAAUUUCAAAACCUAAAACACCAAAUAAUGAUGAUCCAUUGAACGAUCCUGUACGUCAAAAAUUACUUGAAGAUACUGCCAAAAAAAUUACCGAAAUUCUCAGGGGGCAUACACUACCAACUGUUUAUGAUCCAUACAAGGGACAUCCAGAUCCAGAAUGGCAAAGAUGGAAAGAUGCUUUCCUUCCAGACUAUAAAUUACACAAGAAAUAUCUUUUUUCCAUUUAUAUAGAAGGUGAAAAAACAAUUAGAAAUGUUAUUGAGAAUGGUUUGAUUUUCCCUGAUUUACCAAAAUUAGAAAAAUUAUCUACAAUUUAUUAUACUAUUAUAAAAGGUAUUUCAUUAAUUGAUGAAGAUAUCCAAGAUAAGUUUAUACAAUCUGAAGCAGAUGGUAAAAUUCAAAUUAUUAAAGAUUAUAAAUGUUCAAUGUGUUUUAAAAGUUUAUUUGAAGCUGAAAAGUUAGUAGAUUAUAAAGAUGAAUAUUCGUUGAAUAUUAAAGAACCAAAUCAUAAAUGUGAUAUUAAUGAUAUUAUGAAUACAUUCCCAAAUGAUCAAGUUAAAAUUUUAAAAGAUUAUAAAACCAAAGAACCAGAUUUUGAUGAUUAUGAUAAUCCUUAUAUUGAUGGUUAUGAUUGUGAUGAUGAUAAUGAGUAUAUGAAAUUCAAUGGACUUUGCUUAACUGAUACAUUCACUAAAACAGAAUUAUGGAAUAUUUAUAAACAAUUAGAUUCAAAUGUUGAAUUUUUCAAAAAAUUCUUGAUAUUAACUAAAAGACGUGAAGCAUUAACAGACCAUUGUAUCAAGACAUUAAUUAAACCAAUGGGAUCAAUUUUCAGAAUUCAUGUAAUGUUUGAUGUUAGUCAUUCAAAUCAAAAAAGUAAAAUAGAAGGUAUAGCUGCGGAGUUUUCUAUAUUUAUUCUUCAAAGUUGUGGAAUGAUUGUACAUGAUGAUUUGAAAAUUUUAUCUUCAAAAUUGGGAUUCAAAAGAAUAAUAUUCAGACCAAAAUUUUUGUACAAAUCAUAUGCUGACCGUGUUUUAAAAUUAUUUAAAAAGGACAAAUCUGCUCUAGAGAAAGAGCUCAAAGCUAGUGGACUUCAUUUACGUAAAUCCCAAAGAACCAAUGAAAUAUUGGAAUGA